AUGAACAUCAACGACGUCCUUAAAGCGGGAUCUAGACCUGACGAACUCCUCAGAUCAUUUCGUGAUAACUUCAAGGACUGCUUCCGCUGUCUGCCUUGUCAUUGUUACUUUACAUUCUUACAAGAUAUUGUAGCUUCCUGCAAUUCCCAAAUCGAUCAGAUUAAGGCAGUUCUUCCAAAUGACACAAACCAAUUAACCAUCUCCAACUCUUCAAUGGGGAUUUUUGAUGCGACAUGUUUCCUACAGUUUCAUAGCUUGAGAGUUCUGACGGUUUCCAAAAACAAAAAAUUGUCGACAAUAGCCAAUAGUUCAGACAGCAGCCAUGUGUUGGCAGUCACAAUAUUACAUUUAGACUCUAACUCCGUUAACAAAAUAAUGGACAGAAGUUUCGUCAUGUUCCCAAAUUUGCUGUUUCUCGAUCUGAAACACAACCAAAUCAAAACUAUUUCUAGACUCACUUUUGACGGUCUGACCAAUCUGAAAUACCUAAAUCUAUCAAGAAAUCCCUUGUCAGUCUUGUCAAAUGGCUCAUUUGACCACUUUCAGCAACUAGAAAUCCUGGAUCUGAGCUGUGACAAAAUUUGGAAUCUGAUUACACCAGGUCUGUUUUCGAAUCUGUCAAGUUUGCAUAGUUUAUUCAUGAAUGGAAACUGUUUUUAUGCCAAGGGCUAUCCCAACGAAGAAAUGGGAAGAUUGACAAACUUGACCGUUCUAUCCAUCGCUGGUAUUUCAGGAAAAGUUACUUUAGGUCCAGAGAUGAAAAAUCUCACAAAGUUGGUCAGACUGCAUGUGGGAUACUCACUAUCCAAACAAUGCUGUAUCAAAGACAUCCCAGAUUCUUUCUUGGAAAACGUUCCCUACUUACAGGCAGUUCGAUUCUCUAAAUGCCCUUUGAGAAGCGUGAAUGCCACCGUUUACAGAAACGUAAAGCACCUCAGAUCGCUGGAGAUUAUUUCUACAUACCCGUAUGAUAUUUUUGAAGCUCUGGAUGGACUUGUCGAACUGCAGAACUCAUCACUUAAAACUUUGAGGUUGAUUGGACUUAUCAAACGCGGUUGUCCUUUUAUUUGCUUGUACGGGCAACAUGCUAGAUAUCUUAAAAAUAUAAAUUUGGAGGUGAUCGAUUUGUCAGACAAUCGUGUCGGGUACAUGGACAUGGAGUUCAUCACGGCCUUGCCACACACACUGACGUCCCUUGUGCUACAUGGAAACGAGCUUAUUGAACCUGCUCUACUAACAGACAAACUGUCAUUCCUAGAAAAACUUAUAUUACUUGAUCUAGGAUAUUAUCCAGAUCCUGUAUCCAACACCAAAAUGUUCCAUACACAGGCUGGAUGUGACACAUCCCAGACUCAAGUCUGCAGUUUGCUCAUGGAAAGCUACGACGACUGCGAAGGCAGGAGUGAUUCUGAUAAUACAGAAUCAUUAGAGGAUUGUAAAUGGUCAGCUUCUGAAGAGCGGUCUAAUGAAGAGUUUUUAUACAAAACAAAUGUCACACAAGUACCUCCUGUGUGUACAGAGCUAAACAGUACUACUGACAGCAGUGAUGUUGUAGGUCUCAAUGUAACUAAUCUAAACUCUCUAAAAUACUCGCCCAGAAGCUUCAGUGCGACUGUACAUAAAGCGUCAAUGUUAAAAUAUCUUCUAGCACCCCGAUUCCUAGAGGUGAAUGUGAAAGAUGUGUUUGCGAGCAUUAGACAUCAAGGAUAUAUGAACAUAACAAAAAUUGACUUAUCAUACUGUGGCCUACCUUCGUUAACCCAUUGUACGUACAUGCCAAAAUCUAUCCAAGUGGCGAGCUUCGAAGGUAACUACUUCAGAACUAUGCAUGAGCACGUUUUUGGCCAGAACAACUCCUUGAGGCGUCUAUCUUUGAGUAACAACGUCCUCGGUAAUUUAUUUGCCAACCCGCGCAAAAAACCCUUCACAAGGAUGAGUAACCUUGAGCAUCUUGAUAUAUCAACGAAUAUGAUUUAUGACCUGUCUGUUAACUUCUUUCUCGGUUUAAGCAAUUUAAAAUGUUUAAUCAUGUCUGACAACAAACUCGGGUUCCUCAGCACAAACUUCACUAAAACCCCAGAGCUGGAGUAUUUGGAUCUCAGAAAAAACGCCAUUACAGGGAUUAGCAAAAGCAGCCGCGAUGAGCUAGACACCAUCGGGACCAACCACCCACUCUAUAUUGAGCUGACAUUGAAUCCUCUACGUUGUACAUGUGAGGGACUGGAGCUGCUCUACUGGAUCAGGGAAGCAAAUAUUCACUUUGUCAGCAAGGAUCUUCUUAGCUGUGUUGGAGAUGACAACAUUGCCGAAGACAUGGGAAACAUUGACGAUCGUGUCAGAACUUUACAGCGACAAUGUGCCGGCAAAUAUCUGAUCAUAGUUCUUCGUGUGGCGUCGCUGGCUGUAAUUUCUGUUCUUGUUGUGUUUGGUGUGAUGUAUCGCUACAGAUGGCAGCUGAGGUAUAUCCGAAACAUUGCCUUAUCGAGGCUUAUUGGGUUCAGACCCCGAGACACUGAAAAUUCGGAGUUCAGAUUUGACGCGUUUAUUGUGUACAGUGAAAUGUCUCGACAGUUUGUGUUUGGCGACUGUCUGCGAGAGCUGGAGGUGAAACGAGGACACAAAGUGUGUGUGGAUGAUCGGGACUUCAUGCCGGGGACAUAUGAUGUGUCGGCCAUCGUUAGCGCCAUACAGAACAGCAGGAAGACAAUGCUGAUUCUCUCUCCAGACUUCUACGACGAGCAGUUCUCUGAAUACUCCGUCAAGAUGGCGUUGAUGGAAGAAAUUUACCAGAAGAGAACAGUUCUAUAUCUUUGUUUAUACCGACCCUUACCAGACGAUGAAAUGUCUAAAAGAUACGAUUUAUUGAUGAUUAUGAAACGAAAUAACUACAUGGAAUUUCCACCAGAAACAGAAACAAGCGAUGGAGUCAGGCAAAAUUUUUGGGAUCAGCUAUCUGAGAAAAUUGGUCAUUCUAUUGUCAAAAAUCUACCAACUUCAUCAGAGUCUGAAGACGACAUACUUGUGUAUUUAUAG